CGAUCAAUGGUGACCCCAAGAUAAAUUCCGGUCUCUUCAUCGGUGGUGGGUUUUGGUUUUAUCUUCAGAGCAAAGAGGAUUUUUCUCUAAAGCCAAAUUGCAGGGACGGUCUCUCUCUCUCUCUCUCUCUCGCUCUCUCUUUCUCUUCUUCUUCGUCUUCACAGUCAUCAGGAAUGGCAGUCAUACAGAGCAACGCAUCAUUGUUUACUACAUCGACUGCCUCUGCAUUUCUCACGGCGCCACGACCCCUUCUUCGUUUUCCUUCCUUCUUGAAGACCCACCAACCCAAUUUGCUCUCUUCAACAACUAUUGACAGACCCCUUUCCCUAAAACCAAGAAGAAAGCUACUCUGCGAAUCCGCUUCCGGCAAGUACGUCAGACAAGACUAUUUAGUGAAGAAGCUGUCGGCCAAGGAGGUGGAGGAGCUGGUUAAGGGGGAAAGGACUGUACCUCUUAUUGUUGAUUUCUAUGCGACAUGGUGCGGCCCCUGCAUUUUGAUGGCUCAGGAGCUCGAAAUGCUUGCGGUGGAAUAUGAGAGCAAUGCAUUGUUUGUCAAGGUUGAAACUGAUGAUGAGUAUGACUUUGCUCGUGAUAUGCAGGUCCGAGGUUUACCAACUCUAUAUUUCAUCAGUCCAGACCCAAAUAAGGAUGCAAUCCGGACUGAAGGGCUGAUUCCAGCUCAGAUGAUUAGGGAUAUCAUUGACAAUGAAAUGUGAGAGAGGAAAGCUAAGCAACUCCAAAACCAGUUUCUAAAUAUGAUCCUGAGAUGGUGAUGUAGCUUCAAAGGAUCAAUCUCGGUGCAGUUAACAGGCAGGGAUCAACAUAACAGGUGAGUGGAAAGCCUUUGCGACCUCAGAAGAGGUCCUUGCUGAUUUUGGAGAGUGACCUCUCAAAUAUGAUUGAUAUAUCAAGCUCUAAAUGAGGAUGGGCUUUGUACGAAUUUUGAUACUUUGAUUCCCUUUUGAAUUUAGAUACUUACUAACCUUAACAUGUACACUAGUAAUCCUUCUUCUCAAACCAUGGUAAGAUCAUCUGUUUUUGUGCC